CACUUUAUGAAGCCCCUGCAGAGAUUUCUAAAACCUGAGGACAUGGAGAACAUUUUCAUCAACAUCGAGGACCUCGUGAAGGUGCAUCGAUUCUUCUUGGAUGACCUGAAGAAUGUCCUGUCCUUCAGCAACGCCCAGAACCUCUACCAGGUCUUUAUCAAGUACAAGGAAAGGUUCCUGCUCUAUGGCAGAUACUGCAGUCAGGUGGAAGCCGCCAGCCGGUGUCUGGACCAAGUGGCUGGUGCCAGCAUGGACGUGAGGAUGAAGCUGGAGGAAUGCUCCCAGCGAGCCAACAAUGGGCGCUUCACCCUGCGUGACCUGCUGAUGGUGCCCAUGCAACGGGUGCUGAAAUACCAUCUGCUCCUGCAGGAGCUGGUGAAACAUACGGUGGAGCCGACAGAAAAGGAGAACUUGCGGCUGGCGCUGGAUGCCAUGCGGGACCUGGCACAGUGUGUGAACGAGAUCAAGAGAGACAAUGAGACCCUGAAACAGAUCACCAACUUCCAGCUCUCCAUAGAGAAACUG